AAAACAAAAUCAAUUCAUUAUGCGCACAGCUAGAGAUGUAUAUAUGAGAAAACUGGUUCUGAUUGUAUAAAUAUACACUUGUAAUUGCCACGUGAUGAACCGCGUUUAUUAACCAUGUAUUAUCACUGCUGCAACAUAAGUAACUCAACCAUUGCUCUUUGAUUACAGCAACCACAUAAAUAGUUGUUCCGUAUUUUACUAUUGAAUCUGUGUGGUUGGCACAACCAUCAUCUACUAUCUCGCAAACAAUCACGUAAAAUUUCAAGUUAUUAAUUGAAGAAGAUUAGUGGACAAUCACGCGUAAUACGAUAGAUGAACAGCGACGUCUGCCGCCAUGUGCUUGUAUAUUAAAUCAAACUGAAGAAAAAUCUCUGUGUACCAUCUUGCAAAUAACCACGUAGACUUUUUUUUAUUAAAUGCUGUCUUGUUUUUAUACAUUAGGUUAAAAUGAGCAAAAAAGUCCUCUAUCAGCUGACAAAUAACCGCGUAAAUUCUCGGUUAUUAAUUAAAGAAGAUGAUUGUGCGCGAUAAUACGCCAAUCUUCCUCAAUGAAUAACUGAAAAUCUGCGUAGUUAUUUGCAAAGUGCUAAAAGACUUUUUUGUUCAGUUUGAUCUAACGUACAAACAUAUGAUAGCAGACAUCGCCAUCACAGCUCAUCAACCGUAAUGGGUGUGAUCAUUCGUCAAUCUUCUUUAAUGAAUAACUCGAAAUUUACGUGAUUAUUUGCGAAAUAGUAAAAGAAUUUUGCAUUUAGUUUAUGAUUUCUAUCUGCUCACAACGGCUAACGGCAUUGUUAAUCGUUAGAAGACGGCUUCUGUAUAUUCUAUAUUGAAAGUUUAAAUAUUCGUAUUGAAAAACCAAAACAAUAAGAAUGUCCACGAUUAGAUAGCAAUGUUAUUGGUAUCCAGAUACGGUGUGGUACUUUGAUCUUAGCGAUCGGUGAUUUCGCGCGUCACGAUUCGUCUUCGAGUUGGAGCGCGCUCCAAACCAAAAAAGUACGCUUGAAAAAGGAAGGAUGAGUCUUUUCUUUAAUUACAUCUACGUUCUACGUCCGCGAGCGCGUCUACAUACCGGGCUCCUAUUGCGUGCCAUUAAAUAGCGGAUGUCAGUGUGAAACACACUGGCCUUGAUGGUCACCGCACGCACUCACACACAAGCAGACAGGCGUGUAGACGGAGAGGAGACUAUAUACAACCGCGGGUUUUCAACCUUCCAUUUAGCGUCGGGCACAAAAACAUCUUAUUCCAGACCUGACCGCGUUUACUGACGUAAUCGCAUACACCAGGAAACACAUGUAGCGUACGUUUUGUACGCGCACACUCAUAUGCACGUACACCCGCGCAUACACACACACACACACACACGCUCGCACCACAGCCAGAUAUCGCGCAGAUAGUAAGCGUAGAGGUGUAAUGAUAUAAUGACAGAGGCAGACGGAACGGAAUUGAUGGAAUCACUGCGUGCAGUGCUAACCCUGGUAAUCCGACUUCCAGCGCUCGCGUCCCGUCGAGAGGCCGCCGCGGCGGAAUUCGAGGUUUAACUCGAUAAAAAAGUUCAAGAAAGAGAGAGAGUUCGCUCGAUCGAGCCGCUUUUCGAACGCGAGACAAUUUAUUUCAUCAUCAGUAAUGACUUCCAAUUUUAAUAGUUUGAUACUUCGCGGACACCCUCGCUCACAAUGAGAACGAGGGUGGAACGGCGGUUCACAAUGGCCGGGUGGCCGAGCCACCGACGCCGCAAGCAGCACCGAUCACUCAGCAGCCACCACCUGCGCGAUUACCGUCGCCGCAGAUGACACAGGCUCAUCCAGUCUCGAUAACGUGCGCUUCCGGCACCACGACGAUACCUAACAACGGCAGCUACAAGGACCCGCAGUCAUACGUUCAUCCACACGCGCUACCAGAAAGUCCACCGGACAGUGGAAGUGAGCCGCCGUACUCACCGCCGGGGCACAAUGACACUCAACAUGUGCACUCGCCACAUCAGAAGGCGGCUCUGCAAGAGAUACUGCUGCAUCAUCAGAACAACCAGUACGCUCCUAAUUUAUUGCCACCCUCGCCAAGAGCGUUGCCUUCGACGACAACGGAUCCUCUGCUACUGACGCCGGUCUUGACGCCCCACCUCACGCCGGGAACGCCGAAUCUACCGGCUCAGCAGCAGAUAGGACCGCCUUUGGUGCCGCUGUCACACGAGCACAGUCCGGCCGGCAUCAGCACGUUGUACUCUUCUCUACAGUCGGCUCCUAAAAAACGAAAGCUCAGUCAGGAUGGUCUUAUUCAUGUUAAGCAGGAACCUGAGCUGGGCACCGUGGAGCACAGUUGCAGUAGCAGCAGCGCGGUGCUGGACAAUGACGAAGUUGCCGAUAGCAAUUAUAUCGACGCUAGUUACCAAUGCAUACGAUUCCACCCUUUCCAACAAACGUCUUGGCAUUCUCUCUGUGACCAUAAUCUCAAGGAGCUACCGGUGCCGCAUUAUCGAGUGGACGCCGACAAAGGGUUUAAUUUCAGUAAUUCGGACGACGCGUUCGUUUGCCAGAAGAAGAAUCAUUUCCAAAUAACGUGUCACGCGCAGCUUCAAGGGGAGGCUGUAUUUGUCAGAACUGGUGAAGGCCUAAAGAAGAUAAGCGGCUUUCAGUUGCAUUUUUACGGAGUCAAGGUGGAAUCUCCGUCGCAAACAAUCAGAGUCGAACAAAGCCAGAGCGACAGAAGCAAGAAACCAUUUCACCCAGUGACAUACCAUUAUAGGGUUGAAUUAGGCGGCGAACGUGUUACGAAAGUCACGGUUGGCCGUCUGCACUUCAGCGAAACCACGAGCAACAACAUGCGCAAGAAGGGAAAACCUAACCCGGAUCAGAGAUAUUUUCAUUUGGUUGUCGGAUUGCACGCGCAUACUGCAGACCAGGCCAGUUAUCAAGUUGUGGCUCAUGCAUCGGAACGUAUAAUUGUCAGGGCAAGUAAUCCAGGGCAAUUCGAAUCGGAAGGCAGUGGCGUAGGUGCUGAAGGUGGAUGGCAGAGAGGAGCAGCACCAGAUAGCGUUUACCAUGCGGGCAGAGUCGGAGUCAACACGGACAGGCCGGACGAAGCUCUUGUCGUACAUGGCAAUAUGAAAGUAACCGGUCACAUCGUUCAACCUAGCGAUGCGAGGGCGAAGCAGAACGUCCAAGAAGUGGAUACGCGCGAGCAGUUACGAAACGUGCAACAACUACGUGUUGUACGUUAUCGAUACGCGCCGGAAUUCGCGCAGCACUCGGGCUUGGAUGUCAAACAGGAAGAUACCGGCGUAAUCGCGCAAGAGGUGCAGCAAAUUUUGCCGGAAGCUGUCCUGCCAGCCGGCGAUAUAGUUCUGCCAAAUGGUCAGAGAAUUGAAAAUUUCCUCGUAGUAAAUAAAGAGAGAAUAUUUAUGGAGAAUGUUGGCGCGGUCAAAGAAUUGUGUAAGGUGACGGAUAGUCUAGAAACGAGAAUAGAUCAAUUAGAGAGAAUAAAUAAACGACUAGCGAAAUUGAAAAGAGGUGAUAGUUUAAAGAGUUCCAUCAGCACAGUAUCUAGUAUAUCAGGCAAUAAAUAUACAUCUUCUAUCAAUAGUAAAUCGUCCUUACAUGGAAAAACGAAAAGGCUCGAAAGGGAGGAAGAUCUCCUCUGCAGUAAUAAAUUUAUUCAAAUUAUUAUUGUUAUACUUAUCCUCAUCAUGGCAUUUUGUUUGGUUGCAAUGGCAACUUUAUACUUCUUAGAAUAUCAAAAGCGCAAUAGCAAUAGCAUUGAAUUGCCCUUGAUGACGAAUAAUAGAGUAUCGGCCAACGGUUCGCCUCAUCUACCGACUAUGUCUACCACUCCUAAUUACGAUCCACGAUACAAUUCGUUAUUACAUAGUACGCUGGCCUCUUUGUAUACCAAGCACGGCUCUUAUACAAGAGGAUUAGACGGAGGAUUAUCUGUCAAAAGUAAUUCUCUUACCACACCACCGUCGCAUACAAAACAGCAGCUAUAUUCUCAAGAAAUAACAUGGUAUCCAAUAAGCCAUUCGGGUCCGCAAUCUAAACUUGACAAAAAUAAUGAUUUCCCUGGGAAUUGGCUUGGUAGAAACGGUGCGGGUGCUGUUCCUAGUAACGUGGAUGAAAACGAGCAAGCCUCGGACGUAGAUUCUUUAUCUACUAAUAAGGGUCCGAUACCUUUAGGAAGACCUCAAGAAUGUCCAGCACACUUCACCGAGCUCGAAAGUCCAUGUGAGGUAUAUUGUUGCACAGCUGAUAUUCAGCAGUUGGAGAAUCCUCAGCCUGAUCAUCCACCAGAGAAGAAGUCCAUUUCAGAUCACUUGGAGCAACCACUCAAUAUACACGAAGAGAAACGAAAGAUAAAUAAAGGUUUUCAAAAUGGUAUUAGUCCAUCUGACCCCAGUACUCAGACUCUCGUAAAGGAGGCCAAUUAUAAGUAUUUGCAUAAACGAGCGAGGCGAGAAACUAGCGGCGGCGAUUGGGGAGAGAUGGCUAGCAACGCUGCAGGAUCAUUGCCGCUAGAACCCAAGCCGCAAUUAUUUGUGGUUGCGAAAAAUUUCAAUACCUCUUUGGAUCAAAGAUAUUGUUCUCCGACGUCGUUGGACACACCUAAUAACAUCAGCUGCAUUGUACCUUUGUCGAAAUAUAUGCGGGAUAAACUUUUAACAUUACACUUUGUUGGCAUGCCGUACUGGCAAACUGUACAGCAAUGUCCUUUCUCACCAAAUUCCGGCAUUUACGAAACGAUAGUGUGCAAUUGGAGUUACACUAUGCAGCAACAAAAUCAAUACAUUGAAAAUAACAAUCAACCAAGUGAUCAAUCUUUUCCUCUUGAUGUUGCUCAUUACCUCAGGAAAACUUUGAAGUUUCGAAUACCUACGAUACAACCUCAAGAGAAUAUUUGCAAGAGCAAACAUGGUGUUGAUUAUUUGGAAUUUACAUUACACUUUUAUCGAGACUGCGAGGAGCAAUAAGUUUUCUCUCGUUGUACAGUGCACUUUGUAGGAAACUUGAUAAGUUUCUAAAAGUCUAACAAAAGCUAGAUUUUUUAUUCUAUUUAAGAGAGAAAAGCCUUUGUGCCUUCGUAAUCUGCCCUCUGCUUUCAUAGUUUACAGUAUACUUGUAUUUUAUACGUCAUCGUACUGCAUUACGUAGUAAUAUUAUUUACCGAUAUAAACGUAAUACUCCAGAUAAUGUAACAUUCAUGUCAUCUUACGCUGGAAAUUUCUUUAGUUACUAUAUGAAAAUGCAUAUACAAUACGAUUAUCUCGUUCACCAGAGAGUAUAAAUAGUGAUAGUGACAAACGAACAAAUCAGCAGUGGCUGAUGGGUGCACUAUAAAAAAAACUACUUACACAAGUAUGCCUUGAGAAACGCACACGGUCAUUUUCUUGUUACAUCGAACGAAAUUCGUUUCGAAUAAAAAAUCAGUUUCGCAUCCAUCAACAUACUGCGUCUUUUAAUUAUGUUAGUUGAGUCCUGUGAAAUCCAUUAUACUAGAGAUAUAACUAGUUUCGUAAAAAUUGUAUUUCUGCACAGGUAUCUAAUUCUCUCUACGUAGCCGACAUGUUAAUUUUUGAUACUGAUUUAUGGAUAAUUUGUUGUAUAGAAUGUAAUACCUAAAGCUGCUGAUUGAUAAUGACAUUUUGAACAUUUACAGAGCUGAAUAAGCUCAUUAUCAAAAGAUACAUCGCACAAAGCAUAGUAGCGUUUAAGGUGUAAAAAAAUGUGUCUGCUAUACAAUGAACUUCACUUUAUAAUUGUGUACAAACAACGUAAUAUUGAAUAUUUAAUGUCGUUAUAUGUUAUGCAAUAUCGUUAUCUAAAUAUGACAAUUAUCGUUGGUUUUUAAUAAGUUAUUUUUACUUUGGAUAUCUCUUUUUCACAGUAAUACAGAUUAUCGAGACAACUAAUUAUUUUAAUAUUUUUUAUUUGCAAUACUACCUGUUUAUAUUGUGUGAACCGUAUUAUAGAAUUGCGAGUUCCUAAAAAUAUUGUAUAAUAAAUGUUUACAUAUAUAAUGAAAUUAUCGUAUGUGCACACAUACUUUGCCACACUUGCGCUACAAACGGUAGAAAUAUAUGCGCAUAAACAGCUUAAUAUAGAGCAGCUAUUAGGAAACGAAUAUUUCUGAUUGUGUAAACGUGCUAAUUUCAAUUUCGUAUAACAAUAAUGGCUAUAGACACGCACCUAUAUUAUAUUAACACACGAAUUGUGUAAUGAAGAUGAGGAACAAUCUCCAAACUAUUUGAACGAACGAUAAGACCCUUGCCGUCCACGCGCAUAUUCUGUAUGGCAGAAAACGUUUUUACAGAAACAUCAUAAUUUAUCAAUUGAUUAUCUGUGUGCCAGAUAGUCUGUGUCUAUACUCGAAGCUCAGUGCACAAACUUGUGAUGUAUUGUAGAGAAAUUGAAAUUUGGAUAAUUAUUUAUAUAUAUAUAUAUAUAUAUAUAUAUAUAUAUAUAUAUAUAUAUAUAUAUAUAUAUAUAUAGAGAGAGAGAG